UUUUUAGCGAUGCAUCACUCCUGGUGCCCGCGAGUUUAAACCACUCGAUAAUUUCAUUGGGUUAAAUAAUGUUUUUAACAAGAUGGUUAUGUUUCACAGUCGUUGUGCUUUGCCAGUUUAUUAUCAUUUGGUGCCAGCCCGGAAUUUCUUUUCCAAAUCUCAUUCACUUCCCUUAUGGGUCACCGUAUAUGGGGUUGAUUAUUGCCGUCGCUACACCGCUGGAUCUUCAAAAUAUCGAUGCGUUCGUUGCUUGGAGUUUUGAAGCAUCAUACAAUCUCCCUACAAACCAGACCAAUUUCACAUACCCUCCAAUUCUAUCCAGGGCGUUUGAUUUUAUCAGUCGAAAGUCGUUAUAUGAAGUUGUAGAAACGAGAAUUGCAAAGUUCGGCUACGAAGGAAAGCAGUGCCUACUGAGAGCAAUUUGUGAAGCAACAGCAUACACUUUUGACCACAAUGGAGUUUUGGGAGAUCUCCUACAUUUGGUUCUUAGACCAACUUCUUCAGAAAAUGAACAUUUACCAGCAGAUUAUACUGAAGCAGAAAAAAUUGGCGAAGAGAAUGCAAACUGCACAAAAUAUACAGAACGUUGUCCUGUAAGCCUAUUGGAUAUGAUCACAAAGUUAGACGAAAAUUCAGAUACAGAUACAGGUACUGACAUAGCCACCGGAUCAUGACACCAUCGAAGAUAAACCCGCAAAAAAUGUAA